AUGGCUUUCGUGUCGAAGAACAUCUUCGACCUCCUUGGGGACAACGACGCCCCUGCCGCUGCCCAGGCUCCCAAGCCUGCCGCCAAGAAGGCCGACGCCCCCGCUCCCGCUGCCGCCCGAGCUGUCCCCGGCGCUGCCCCUCGAGGUGGUGCCCGAGGUGGCCGACCCUCCGGCAACCGCCCUGCCCACACCACCACCCGUGACAACCGAGCUGCCGACAACGAGGGUGCCGAGACCGCUAGCGGAUUCGACGGCGAGCGAGCCCCCGCCAACAAGAAGGCCAACCACGUCCGUGACGCCCACACCAAGGGCCCCCGAGGUGGCAGGCAGAACAAGACCUCCGGUGGACACACUUCCUCCGGCGGUGCCGGCCACUACAAGGGCGGCAAGGUCGUUGCCCAGGCUGGCGAGAGGAGGCAGUUCGACAGGAAGAACGCUUCCGGUACCACCGACUCUGUCAAGAAGACCGAGCACGGAUGGGGUGCUACCACUGGCGCUGCCGAGUUGAAGGACGAGGUUGCCGGUGAGAAGGACGCCCAGGCUGAGGAGACCGCUCCCCAGACUCCCGCCGAGGAGACCUCUGCCGAGUCUGGCUGGGGUAAGGACGAGCCUGCCGCUGAGCCCCAGGCUGAGGAGGAGCCCGAGGAGGUCACCAAGUCUUACGAGGAGUACCUCGCCGAGAAGGCCGAGGAGAACGCCCGUAACGCUGCCCUCGGUAAGAAGCAGGGUAGGGAGGUCUCUGGCGAAGUUGAGGGUACCGCUUUCGUUAGGGAAGGUUUGAACGACUUCUUCUCUGGCAAGGCCAAGACCGCCGAGACCAAGACUAAGGCCAAGAAGGAGAAGGUCCACAUUGCCAUUGACGGCCAAUUCGCCCAGCCUUCCCGACCCCCCCGUGGAGACGACCGAGAGAACAGGGGCGAGCGACGAGAGCGAUCCGACCGACCUGCCCGAGGACGAGGUGCCCCCCGUGGUGCUUUCGCCGGCCAGCGUGGCCAGACCCGAGGUGCUCCCCGAGGUGGUCGAGGUGGCCGAGCUGCUGCCCCCGCCAUCAACGCCAACGACACCAGCGCGUUCCCCGCUUUGGGCGCUUAA